AUGCCGCCGCCGAAGAAGCGCCCCGCGGCCGCCGCCGCCGCCGCGGACGACGCCUCGACCGCCGCGAAGACGAAAAAAGCGCGCGAGGACGCGGAGAAGUUCGCCGGGAAGAUCGCGGUGCACCUCCGCGACGCGUCCGAGCGCUCCGGGAAGCCGUGGGACGUCGAAUCGAUCGUCGACGCGACGAAGACGACGGCGGAGAAUCUGCCCGAGGGAAAACUCCGAGAGACGCUCCUCGCGGACAUCGACGCGUUCGCCGCGAUCGUCGCGCGGAAGACGACGAACCCGACACCGGAGGACGAGCCCGGUCGGGGCGAGUACGGCGGCCCGGACGACGACGCGUUUCACGCGUUGAGGAGGAAGAAGCGAACGGAUUACGACGACAUGACGCUCGCGGAGUUGACCGAGGAGACCGCCGCGCGGGUCGACCGCGCGUCGUUCGACCCGCGCGUGGACGCGCUGACCGUCCCGGGGGUUCCGCGGCUCGAGAAACUGGACGAGAGAGAGCUGCUCGAGGUGGAGGCGAUCCGCGCGGACGGGCUGGAGUCGGCGGCGGAGGUGGCGGCGGCGACGACGGCGAGAUUCGUCGCCGGCGCGAGGGCGACGCCGCCGGAGCUGCCUGACGCGGCGACGCUCGAGCGUCUCAGCGCCGUCCUCGAGUCGGUCGCGGCGUUGGCGUCGGAGCGCCGACGCGAGGCGAUCGAGUUCGAAACCCUGAGGAACCCGAACCCGGGGAAACCGAAGAAGCCGACGAAGCCGAAUAAGAUGACCAAGGCGGCGAAGCGGGCGGCGGCGUGCGCGAGCAGAGUCGUGAUGGCGCGGCACGCGUUUCGUCGCGCGACGCCGAAGGAUCGCCGCCCGCGGAGGGAUCUGAGCGUGGUCGCGGGGCACGACGCGGCGACGCUGUGCGGCGACGUGAGAUGGUUUCUGUUGCGCGAGCUCGCGAAGACGAUUCCGGACGACGUCGGCGGCGGCGACGGAGAGGAAGCGACGGACGCGGACGCGGCGGGCGGCGGCGGCGGCGGCGAAAAGAAGAAGAAGCCGUCGAAGAAGAAGGUCGUCGGCGUCUACGGCGUGAACGAUCUGUGCUUGUUCGAAGCCGCGCUCGGGUUGGGAGGGUUCGACGAGGCGUUCGAGGCUAAGGAAGCGUCGUCGACGCACGGCCCGUUCGCCGCGCUCGCGACCUCCGCCGGCGCCGACGAAGCCGCGGGCCCCGCGUUGCUCCCGCCGUUCAUCGCGGACCCUCGCCUCGCCGCCGCCGACUACGAGGCGCUGCGACCGGACGCGUCCCUCCGCGACGUCAUCAUGUCCUACGAGCGCGCGCUGCUCCCUCCGAACGACGACUGGAAUAUCAUGGAAGACGACGAGAAUGAAGACGGAUACGAGGACGACGACGUCGACGACGACGCGGAGGAGCUCGAACACGUGGACGCCUAUGUGGCGUUGUUGAAGGUUAUUCGCGCGGCGGCGUUGAUCGCGCGCGUCGGCGGCGACGUCCGAAAGGCGGAGGACCUCGCGCGGUUCGCCGGGAGAGCGCCGUGCCCGACGACGCUGUCGAUGCAGCUCCCCGCGGGGAAGGUGAACGUGUCGGACGCGCGCGCGUCGAGCGUCGAGCUUUGUGCGGCGAAGGGGGAGCUGUGGCGGGACGCGUUGGAGGCGUGGGCGGCGACGCGGGAGGUGUUGUCGGACGUGAUCGGCGGCGUUCGACUCGGCGGCGACGGCGACGGCGACGGCGACGGCGGGUUCUUCUUCGACGUGGACGGCGCGGCGAAACCCGGGGCGGACCCGGCGACGCUCGCGGCGAUGCUCGCGCGGACGGAGCCCGGGAGCAAGCGCGCGGACGGGUCGAAGAUGAGCGCGGAGGAGGAGGAGGAGCUCGUCGAGAUGCUGCGAAAGAACCGCGCGUUUCUGGGCGGCGAGGACGCCGACGACGGGGUGCUGGAUAACCUGUCGGACGAGGACGAGCAGCUCCCGGUGGAGGCGAGGAAGGCGGCCGUGCAAGAGCAGGAGCGGAUCCUCGCCGAGGCGGAAGCCGCGGCGGCGGCGGAUGCGGCGAAGAAGAAGAAGCGGGAAGAAGAAGAAGCCGAGGCGUGA